UAUUAAGUCAUAUUCUUUAAAAAUGGAACUACCUGAACUCACUUCAAAAAGAAGUACAAAAAGUAUACUGAGUAAAGAAAGCACCAAGAGAGCAAAGCUGACAUUUCCUGCUUUGUUUAGAUACAUUCGUGGGAGAAAUUUAUCAGUAGGGAGAAACUCUGCUAUUGACAGUUCAAAUUUACUCAGACCUAUCCCGCUGUCUACUGGCAAGAAGUAUUUGAGAUCUAGAACAAGGAAGAAAUUCAACAAGAUUGCUAGAGGAUCUAUGAUCCGCUUCGAACAAAAGGAAGACCUUCUCGAGGAGAAACUUAACCUCUUCAUUCACCCCUAUAACCAUUCUGUGACGGUGAGAAACCACAUGACUUUUGACGAAAGAGAGAAAAAUGCCGCAAAAGCUCUUGAAAGUAUAGGAAAACUUGAUAAUAAAUGGGCUUUUGUAAAAGAUUUCAUAUUUCAGCAGAACAAGGACCAAUUCAGAGAGGUCUGAUAUAACGCCAACAAGAAAUUAUAUGACAAAUUCAAUGUGAAUGGCAUAUGGAAAAAAUUCUUUAAGCUAACUAAGAGCAGUAAGGAUGUACUGAAUAUUGGAGUUUUGCCGCCUGCAAAAAGGAAGAGAUCACCUGGCAAGAUGCGUCGACACUAUAAAUAUUAUAAAGGGUUAAAACGGAGAUCUGUUGCUUCAAGUAGAGACUCUAGUGGGAAAAAGAGUAGCUUGCAACCAGAUUCUAGCCUGACUAAAUCAAAGUUUUCUAAAGAGAAAAGCCCAGAGCCCUCUAUGAACAAUAUUACUGAAGAGAAUGUUUCUGUGAAUGACUGCAAUAAUCUUGAUCUCAAAGUCCAAAAAGUGUUUAAGAAAAAUACUGAAGCUAAAGAAAGGAAGAGCAGUAAAAAUUAUUUAUUCAAUAUGAAAGGGAAGAAGAAAUAUAAUAAGAAAAAUUCGCUGGUCCCACCAACUAAGAUGAAAACUUUGGGUAUUGAAGUAAAGAAUUAUUUCAGGAAGCCAGACUCUUCAAUUAUUGAGAAUCAGUCAGAAAGAAUCUCAAAGUUGAUUGACACUCAUGAGGAGAUACAUAAGAAUCUGAAAAUAGGAAAAUUUCAUAGAGUUCAUUGAAGAAAUAUCGGAUCAAAAAGAAUCUUUGCUGGCUCAACAAGUACUUUCAAUAGAAACAGAAUACGACAGUCUAUGAAUAAUGGGAAGCGGAAAGUAGUCUUAUCCCCUCCCUCGACUCAGCAUUCUUUUAAAUGCUUGUCCCCAAUACUAUCCAAAAAUGCUCGCAAAAUUUCAAAAGAAAAAGGAAUACUUCAUCUUUCAAAUGUGAAAAGUACCGAAAGCUCAGAUGGGCUUCCUAAUUUUUCAACUAUUUUGAAGACAAACGUGAGAGACUUUACACUACAAGACCCAGUCUGUGAGAGUGUGAAGAAGUGUAAGCAAGAGCAGGUGAAUGUGAGGAUAAAUGAAUUUAAGGAUGUAAGGAAAGUGUAUGAUGGUUUGAAUAAGAAUUUUAAACAGAGGAAUAUCUUAACCAAACGCUACAGAGACCUCAGGCACAAAAAGUUAAAACAAGAACGCAACAACAGCAUAUCAUAA